UGAGCCGCUCAUCCCGGCAAGACGUCGAUGCAUCGAAGCGAUGAUCGAGAGGGUUAUUUUGGAUGCUUGGUGGUGGGAGCACUGAAGACGAACACACAAAACAACACUGCUUGCUUACACAUGUGACCAGGAUGAGCAGCACAUUUGUCACAUUAGCGGAAGUAUUGGAGGCCCGAGGGGGGCCUCUGCUGGAGGAGGAGGUGUGGGCCCUGCUGCUGGCCACUGGACGGUGUUUAGUGGAUGCCUCUGAGAAAGGUGAAAACAACAUGUGCAAUAUCAUAAGCCCCGCCUCCUUGCUGCUGUCAGCUACUGGCAGUUUAGCAUUUAAGAACUGUGGCCUAUCAGAGGAGGCAUCGACCUUCAUCGCUCCAGAGAUACUGCAAGGCCGUGCCAGCUCAACCAAACCUGCCAUAGAUAGGAUGCUGGUGUAUUCUCUGGGUAUGACUCUUUACUGGUCUGUUGAUUUUCACCUACCUCAAAAUCAGCCAAUCCAGUUGAGCGACCACCUCAACAGCCUCCUCCUCGGCAUGUGCGAGGACGUGUCCCACCGCAGACUAACUAUAAGCUCCAUCCUGGAAUCCUGCGAGGGUCGUCAGAAAGCUUCCGGCUUGCCGCCAUCUGCCGACGUCAUCAGGCAGCUGGUGGAAGAGGUCUUCAGUGAACCGAUGGACCAUGGCUCUGACAGCAGCUUGCCUCUGAGUGGACGGAGCCAGAUGAUCAGAGAAAGGCUUCAUGCUGUCCUUCCAGGGUGUUUACCUCAGAGAUCUUGGAAACCUCGACCAAGAAGCUCACCCACACCUUUGUACCAGGCAUCUUUGGAAAGGCAAGGACCUUAUUCCAUAUAA